CUCCUCUCUGUUUCGUCUCUCCCCACUCCCAUCCCAAACCCUAGCCCUAAUCCCCCUUUCCUAUUUCCUCUCACAAUCGAUUCUUUCCUUCUCUUCUUCUCUCUUCGCAGGCAUUGAUCUUGGUGCUCGGCAUUGCGGCCUUCUUCCUUGAAUGCGUCAGAAAAAUCGGAUGCAAGCCCUCGUAAACCCUCCAUCGUCUCACUUCCCAGUCCAAACCCUCUUCGCCUUUCUUGCCAUCUAUCUUCGAUGCCUUCUUCGAGGACCCCAACUCGUUGAAGAAGGUGUUGAUAGUUGAUGAUGGAAGUACUGAUCGGACAUCAAAAGUAGCAUUUGAUUUCGUAAGGAAUUACAAGAUCGAUAAUGUAAGGGUUAUUCUACUUGGAAGAAAUCAUGGGAAAGGAGAAGCUAUAAGAAAACAUUGUUAAACAGGGAAUGCUCCAUUCACGUGGUGAACUGGUACUAAUGCUUGAUGCCGAUGGAGCAACCAAGGUGACUGACCUUGAAAAGCUUGAAACUCAGAUGCAUGCAUUGGCUGAAAAGGAUAAAGAUAACUUAUCUGCUGCAAUGCCUAAUGGCCUGAGUUUGAAGCUAUCUGAUAUUGAGGUUGCUGCAUUUGGUUCUUGUGCUCGUCUUGAGAAGCAAGCUCUUGCUACAAGGAAGUGGUACCGUAAUUUACUUAUGAAGGGUUUCCAUCUCAUAGUGCUGUUAACUGCUGGUCCAGGAAUUCAUGACACGCAGAGUGGUUUUAAGAUGUUUACCAGAGCUGCGACCCGGAAGCUAUUCACAAAUAUUCGAUUGAAGAGGCAUCUACUAUGACAUUGUUCAUACUGAUGACAUCCUUUCUUCUUCUAGAACUGAUGUGCUAUUCUUGUAGCAUCUCUUGUUUUCCUAGCUGUGCCUGUUGGUGGGUAAUAUUGACCUGCAGAACUUUGUUGCAUGGGCACUUGAACAGAACCUAGAUUUCUUUCUUACGAAUGGCAAGUGGAAACUUUGGUAUCACUCUGAGAAAUAACCUUAGAAUGAUAAAUAUAAUGUGCAAAAUGUGAUCAUAAGCAUAAAUUACAGUGUAGGCCUGUCAUUAGGAAAGGGGGAAUGAGAUUCUCCAGAAAUGUGCUAGUUUGACCCAUGGUUUUACACUUGGAUGACUGGCCGGUCACUGAUGGUUACAGAUUCAGUGUCCAUUAUAACCCUUGAUGAUCAUAUUGGAUUUCAAUGCAAUUUGAAGAACCUUGGCUAUAGCCAGCCCGACAUUACAUCUUACAGUCAUUGCACAAAAAAGGAAAAAGAUUACUUAGUUUCUGGCGAAAUUGUGUCCUAGUUAUCUUGGUACUUGCUGCAUACUGAAGCUAAUUCUUUGGGCUGACCAUUCUCACUUGUGGAUGCAAGUGGAGAAUUGAUAAGGAUCCACUGAAUUGUUUUCUUGAAAAAAUAAAAAUUGAAUUUAGUCAUAGUUCACAGCAACAAAAUGCAGGCUUAGUGGUUAAAUAAGAUAAUGAUCUUGUUAACAGAGUGCCAUGAAGCCUAGCUAAAUAAUCUUAUGAAAUAUCAAACUUCUCCUGAUAUUCUCGAUUUUCCAUUUCACCUUUUUCUUUUCUUUUUCUUUGCGAAAGAAAGGGAGGGACAUUUACCUGCACUAUGACUACCUAAGACCAGAUUUUUGGGGAUGCACUGCCCAAGAAUUAAAUCUAAAACAUCUACUUGCCAAGCAAAGGAAUGUGAGAACUGAGGCAAGCCCCAGUUUGCAAUCAAUUUUUAUUUUAUAAAUUCUUUGAUUUAAAAUAACUAAUUAUGAAUAUCGGAUUAAAUUUGUUAUCGGGUUGCAGUUUUUUUCCCCCAAAAGCACGCCUUACAAUGUUGUUGGAUCUUUCUAUUUUAUUGACAUACUCUAUCAUGGUGCUUUCGGUAAUCCAUCUCUCUUGUUAGGUAGAUGUUUCUAUUAAUGAUUUAAAUGGUGUGUUGCAUGCCCAGCUGUCUAUUUGUUAUGCUCAUCAAUUAUGAGAUACCAUUUCAAUAUAAUCAUCUCUCCUUUAAAGGGGUGCUUGGUGCGGGUUCGAGCCCUUGGGCAGCAGCUUUGUGAAAAUAGUCCACCCCUCCCGGGACUCCUUGCUGAGACCAUAAUUGGUUAAUGGUCCUAUAGUUGUCUCACCUUUUCAUUUAAGUUUCGCCAAGUCUUCCUAAAUUUUAGAAACUUCGGCUAAAGAUCCACGAAGGAAGAAAAAAACUAUCCUGAUAAUGGUAAUAAAAACUGAUGU